ACAGACCGACUCCUGAUUCGUGCUCGGGUUCACGCUGGUUUUUGAACUUCUUUUGAACACUUUUGUCUUUUUGUUUUUUUUGUUUUGUUUUUAUUUCAACCCCCCCUCAAACUUGACUCGACAGCGAACGACACCUCGUUCCCUCACAGUUGUUCCUGCCGUGGAUGAGUGCAAGAAGCGUGGAUUGUUAUGUUUGAGAAGGAGUCGGGAAAGCCACUGGACCAGUCGACUGCGACAGCGAUGCCUUCCAACAAGUACUCUGCUGCUAUCAUGGAGGAGAGCAACAACAUCACUGCUACUGCGGCGGUGAACGGGGACACGCCUCCGGCCGAGGGCCUGUCAGAGAACGACAGCGGCGUGGAGCUGACCAACGAGAACAGCCCUCUGACCGCGGCCGAGCCGCCCUCCCCCUUUAGCCCCAAGCAGAACGGCGACGCCGCCUCCCCUCAAGAUGGUAAUCAGUGCACGAGGGGAAGUAGGAAAAGGAGCAGGAAGAGGUCUGAAGAGGAGGAAAGUUCCUGGGACUCCUGCAGCGAGGAAAAGGCUUCAGGAGCAUCUCAGCUGGGCUUGAGACAGAGACCUCGACCAAGAACCAUCUUCCAGGCCGGUCUGACGGCGCACACAAACGCCAAACCUCGCAGACAGAACCGCAAACAGGAGCACAGCAUGUUACUGUGCGCUGGUGGUCCUCGGGCCGUCGCCAUCCUGACCGGUGGGGUCCCCGAGGCCCCGCGUCUGGAGCUGAUGGAACAAGACUCCAAAGACUCGGCCCAAAGCAGCAGCACCUCGUCCAGCUCCGAAACCCAGCCAGAGUACAAUGACAACAAGGGUUUUGGCAUCGGCGAGCUGGUGUGGGGGAAGAUCAAGGGAUUUUCCUGGUGGCCCGGUAUCGUGGUGACGUGGCGUGCCACCGGCAAACGGCAGGCCAGCCAUGGCAUGAGGUGGCUGCAGUGGUUUGGAGACGGCAAGUUCUCUGAGGUUUCAGCAGACAAACUGGACUCCAUCACCGCCUUCCCCAAGUUCUUCAGCCAGGCUUCUUACACCAAGCUGGCCUCCUACCGCAGGGCUAUCUUCCAAGCACUGGAGAUGGCCAGUACCCGGGCGGAGAAGACGUUUCCUCCCUGCGAGUCGGACAACCCAGAGGACCAGGUCAAGCCCAUGCUGGACUGGGCCAACGAUGGCUUCCUGCCCAAAGGAGAGGAGGGACUCAAACCCACACACAGCGCCAACAGUAACCCUCUGGACCACCAGGUCCUGGAUGUUUCCCUGCCAGAGUAUUUUCCCAGCGCUAAGCGGCCCAGAGUCAGCCUCUUGAAGAGCAAGGCCGCCCCCGAGGAGUCCUACUGCAGAGAACAAAUGGUGAAUGAAGUUCUGAAGAAGAAAAGCAGUAUAGAAGAGUUCUGUCUCUCUUGUGGAAAGAUGAGAGCAGCAACCUUCCACCCGCUGUUUGAAGGAGGCCUGUGCCAAACAUGCAAGGACGUGUACCUGGAGAUGUCCUACAUGUACGAUGACGACGGUUACCAGUCUUACUGCACCGUUUGCUGCGGAGGCAGAGAGGUGCUGCUCUGCGGCAACGCUAACUGCUGCAGGUGUUUCUGCGUGGACUGUCUGGACAUCCUGGUCGAUCCAGGAGCGUCUAACAACGCUCGGUAUCUGGACCCUUGGAGGUGCUACAUGUGCCAGCCGCUGCUGCAGUACGGCGUCCUUAAACGGCGGCACGACUGGAGCCUCAAGCUGCAGGAGUUCUUCGCCAACGACAACGGACAGGAGUUUGAGAAACCAAAGAUUUACCCAGCAGUCCCUGCAGAGCAGAGACGACCAAUCAGAGUUCUCUCCCUGUUUGACGGCAUUGCCACUGGCUACCUGGUUCUGAGGGAUCUGGGUUUUAAGGUGGACCAGUACGUGGCAUCAGAGGUGUGUGAGGACUCCAUCUCGGUGGGCGUUGUCAAACAUGAAGGAAAGAUCCAGUACGUCCAUGAUGUCAGGGACAUCACCAAGAAAAACAUUCAGGAGUGGGGUCCAUUUGAUCUGGUGAUAGGAGGAAGUCCCUGCAAUGACCUCUCAAUCGUCAAUCCUGCAAGGAAAGGCCUCUAUGAAGGCACAGGGAGGUUGUUCUUCGAGUUUUACCGUCUGCUGAGCGAGGCCAGGCCCAAAGAAGGAGAGGACCGGCCGUUCUUCUGGAUGUUUGAGAACGUGGUCGCCAUGGGCGUCAACGACAAGAGGGACAUCUCACGAUUCCUGGAGUGUAACCCGGUCAUGAUUGAUGCAAUUGAGGUCUCUGCCGCUCACCGCGCCCGAUACUUCUGGGGAAACUUGCCAGGCAUGAACAGGCCCCUGUGUGCCUCUGGGAUGGACAAGCUGGAGCUGCAGGACUGUCUGGAGCAUGGCAGGGUUGCAAAGUUUGGAAAGGUGCGCACCAUCACUACUCGCUCCAACUCCAUCAAACAGGGGAAAGACCAGCACUUCCCUGUCUUGAUGAACGGGAAGGAGGACAUACUGUGGUGCACUGAGCUGGAGAGGAUCUUCGGCUUCCCCGUUCACUACACAGACGUGUCCAACAUGGGUCGCGGCGCCCGACAGAAACUCCUGGGCCGGUCCUGGAGCGUCCCUGUCAUCCGGCACCUGUUCGCACCACUCAAAGACUACUUCGCCUGUGAAUAGUACCCAACCAUCACCAGCAAUCAGAUGUCACUUGUGAAUACACACCAGCUUUUCUAUUGUGAUACUGGCCUCCAGGAACAUCGGCCGCCAGCCAAAUUCUGUAAAGAGCUGGAAAUGACGCCCGCUCUGUCAGCCACUUUGGCUAGCAAAUAGCCAGUUUCACUAAAAAUCUGGGUAGCUGGGAAAAUAGUGAAAGUAGCUGUUAGUUUGUGUCCAGCCAUUUCUGGAUUCUGGUGAUAAUGAACUGCCAUCUUAAACACACAUAACACACACUAACACAGAGAUACACACAUACGGCAUAGGUGAGCCCCUCGGCUGUGGUUUAUCACUAUAUCCAAUGGUGUCCGAGAGAGGGGGGGGGUCAAAGGUCAGGUAAAAGUGCAGCCAGUCAGUAUCACUGAUUAUAUCAUCUAUAACGGAGGCCAGUAGGGUGCUUAGCCUCUCUGGAGGAGUUAAAGGGAAAGAAGAUGACACCCCCUCCUUCGUUUCGUCUGUUAACGUAAAGGCUGCACAAUGAUAUAACGUGAUGCUUUCUUUUAAAAUGCCCCUAGAGGGCAUUUGGUUUUUAAGCUGGCAACACUUACUAGUUGUAGACCACCACAGCACCAACGGUACAACUUUUGAAGUGGCUCCGUAUCAAACAGUUUUACCAAGUGCAGAACAUUUCAGAGGUCGCCCAUCCCUCCAUUUAGCCGACGAUUAAAAUGGGUGACAGGCAGGAUGCUGAUGCAGGCUGUUUAUAUGAACAACAACACUUUUAAGCUCACUUGAACCAAAGUCAUACGAUGGACAGCUGAAGUCCUGCUCCCUUUUUGGGCUACCUGCUGUUCCACUAGUCUCGGCGUAACAUUAGUAUUGUUUUUUUUAAAGGGGGGGGGGGGAUGGUUUUUGUAAAAAAAUUUCUGUCCAAAUUCUAUCCACAACUGUACUGGAAGGAAAAAGUCUAGCAUCUGUUUUUAACAAACAAAAAAUAAUGAUAGUUUUGUUUGCAUACCAUUACGACGUAUCCCAUAAGUCUUAGCCACAGAAAUACUGUGACUGCCUCAUGGGAGCUGUAGUUGCUAGAUGCUAGCAAACUAGCCUUUUAUCAUUGUUAAAUGUGUUUUUUUAAAUUUUACUAGACAGCGCUGUAGUAGAUUGAAAUAAGAAAUGUUAGUUAGCCUCAUGUUUCAGUUUUCCAGAAGACCAAUGAAAGAAGCCCUCUGCAGGAAAAGACACUGAGCACUGGAAUCUAGUGGACCAGAGACUAACCUGGAAAUGAGGCAGGAUUUUAGUUUUAUACUUGGAUUAGUUUUUGGGUUUUUUUGUUGAUUUUGUCUGUUGUAAAAAAAAAAACAAUAAUUUUACGUUUUGUCUUUUGCUUUGAGAUGAGUUCAUUUGAGCAAAAAAAAAAGCUUGGUUAAAAAAGAGAAAAAAACUUUUAUCGAAGAUUAUAUAAACACGUUUUUGUAUAGAUAGUGUGAAACUUUGAGUUAUCCUGUUAUAACGUCAAAGCGACAUCUCCCUGAGACCUACGUACAAAUACUUGAAAGAAGCCAAUGCAAAAACAGAAAUAUAGAGUAUGGGUUUUUGUCUUUUUUUUUUUCAACCAUUCCAGACGGCUGAGAAAUUAAGUCUGAUGGCAUUUAUCCUACUGUAGAUGUUUAAAUUUUUUUUUUUUUAAAAAACAAUUGUUUUCGCUUACUGUAAUAGCUGGAUGCCAGUGUCCCCGGGUGUGGGCGAUCCUGGUUGAAAAAACUUCCUUUGAAUCCAGGAAAGAGUGAGCGUCACUGUGUGUAAAUGCGGAUUUACAGCUGUUUCUGUUCCAGAAAGAAAAAAACAAAACGCAAUAUUUUUGCAAACUAGCACUGACUGCUUUUUGUUUAAAAGGAGUUUUUCAGUUUCCAGAAAAAUUGACAAGAGGACUGCCAUGAAAGACAUCUUAAUGUUGCUGGUUGAUACUUUACUUAGGUCUGUGUGGUGCACGUGCUUCAGUAUGCAGUAUGGAUAAAUCAUUGUCAGCAGUUGUGAGAAAACCAGAGUCUGAAUGCAUACCGUGUAGCAUACAUUCAGAGGAACUGUUGUGAGACUUCAAACACCAAGUUAUUGCAGUGAUUCAGAUUUGUAAUGCUCUUUAGAAAUGAUAUAGCUUGCUUUCCAGAAUUGUUAAUUCACUGGCUGGUAAUACACGUGUUCUGCCAGCGAUGACGUGUCGUGCUGUCGGCUCGAGCAUUAGCAUGUUCACCAGAUAGAGCAAUCUACAGCACAGUUGAAUUUGGUACCAAUUCUCUGGAAGUGACCAGUGGACUAAACCUGCAAAAACUUGGUGUAGUCCUUUGAAACAUCUUUUUUGUUGUUGUCUUGAUAACUGGAAGAUUUUCUAAUGCUGUUUGCUGUCACCAAAUCAAACUACAUGGGCAUUACCUCAAACAAAGGAGCAACUGUGCAUCACUCUUCCUACAGGAUCUCUGUUCUGUGAAUAUAUACUGUAGCUUUCUGCUCCCGUAUGCCCUGUAUAUAUAGCUUGUAUUUUAUCACUGGAACUGUUUUACACAGUGUUUUGUGUACUGUAUCAAUAGAAGGGUUUACAAGUGUUUUAAUUCUCUUGUUUGACCAAGAACUACAUCGGUUUUUCUUUUUGUUUGUUUUUUUUUAAACACAAAAUGCACAAGCCUUCCUAAAGAACUUUUUUUUUUUCAUGUUUAAAUGACCAGUUCAUUCAGAAAUGCAAGACUCUUCUAUGGUGCUAAAAAAGGCCCCUUAAAGUGCCACCAGGAACUUUUUUAACUUUUCAAGUCUGAUUUUAAAGUCAUUUAAAAAACCAAAAAGUAAUUGUUUACAUGCUUCAUUAAUACUGCUGAGUCUGUUGAAUGUUUUGCUUGAAAACAGUACGCAAAAAAAAGUUUUUCUUUUCUCUUUUGUAACUGCUCUUUUAGGACUUUUUAUAUUGAGAACACUUACAGCAUAUAUUAACACAGUAUAAAGCUUGCUUGAAAUUUGUAAUAUUAUAACACAAUAUAGGGCAUAUUAAUCGAUAGCUGUUUGAUAGCUUGUGUUAUUUAGAUCUAAGCCAUUUGAGUUUGUAUUUGUAGGCUUGAGUGUGAGUGAGAGCCGAGAACAGUUUCUACUUUUUUACGGUAGCUUUUUUAUGUGCUUUUACCAGAAUCACAUUUGAGGUUUUCUUCUUUUGUUGUUGUUUUUUUUUGCCUUUUUAUGAAUCUAAAGUGCAAAACCAUUUGGAAAGAACAGAUUCUGUGCUAUUUUUAUACUUCUUUUAAACUCUUAGUGGAAAAAUCAUUGAUUUAUUUUUUUUAAGUUUGUGUACUUCCUAUAGCAGCCUAUAUAUAAUUUUUACUCAAUAAAACGCAGCUUGGCUGCUGAAAACCAUUGACAUGCGUCCUAUUUGAAAUGCUAAUCCAUCUGUGUGUAUUUAUCUUAUGUUUCAACAUUCCUCUCAGGAGCAAAAGGUCUGUAAAGGUCAAUAAGACUGCAAGUAAUGAUUUUCAAUAUUGGUUAAUCCACUAAUUGUUUUUUCACAGACUUCAUUAAUUGGU